UCACUCGGAAGUACGUCACAUGGCAGAAGCUAAAGAUGCUUCAACUGCCGUUUCACUGUGACUUUAACAUUAAGUUGUACUCUGUGGCAAACUUUGGCCACACCUAGAUCCUGUCCCACUUCCACACACACUAAAAAAAAUAAAUACAAAAAAUAAAAAGAGCAGGCCUUUUAUUUUUUUUUCUCCGGUGCGUUUGUUUGUGUGACGGCGAGUCCCGGCGGUGUAACCGGAGAGGGGCCUCAGAGAGGGAAUGCAGGACUGCAAUGGAGCACAAUGCAAUACAGUGGUUGGGUGCUCCCUCCUGCCAGCGAGGCAGCUAUGCCUUCUACAAGUCGGUGAGCAGCCGAGCUCAGCCAGACGGGCCGGCGCAGGUGUGGAGGCUCGGGGAGUUCUACUUCAUGCGCUGUGGACCGCAGGACCCUGUGUGCAUCGCUGAGGUAACUUUACUGUGGGAGGACCAAUCUCAGCGCCACCUGCUGGCCAGCGCCAGACUCUACUUCCUACCUGAAGACACGCCAAAGGGCCGGACUAGAGAGCACGGAGAGGAUGAGGUUCUCGCAGUGUCCAGGAAGAUGGUGUUGAGGGUGGAGGACCUGGUGCGGUGGUCGUGUGUGGAGCCGGCCGGUUGGAGGAGCAACAUGAAGUCACAGAUGCUGCCCUGUGGGACGAACGGGCUCCACAAACCUCUGCAGAGCAACGACGGCUUCAACAACAACACUUCUAACAAGAUCAGCGAGCCGCUUAAAGACAAAAUCGACAACGAGCAGUUGGAGAGUCACGGUAUCAAAGUGCUCAGCUACCCCCAGUACUGCCGCUUCCGCUCGCUGCAGAGACGCAUCCAGGAUGGAGCGAGGGGGGCCGGGCUGCAGGACCCUCACCUGAUCGCUCUGGGCGGAAUCAAAGCGUCACCUAACACCCGACUGAUGUACUGCAGAGACACCUUCAACCACCCGACGCUGGAGAGCGACACCAGCUUCUCCUGGCAGUUCAGAUGUCCAUCUCUCAGUCUACGUGGACGACCCCGAAAGAGGAGAGGACGAGACGGCAAAGAAUCCCCAACCUCCAGCCAAUCAGAGUCCUGGAUUGACAGGAUGAAGGAGAACGUGAUGGGCAGCGUGGAGGUGGGCUGUGAGGGCAGCUGGCUCCCUCACCCUGAAGAGCAGCUCUUCCUGGAUCAGCUCUUCUCCUACAUGGACCGUAGCGGCUUGUCCAUCCACAAAGUCCCAAACCUCGGAUUCAAAAAGAUCGACCUCUUCCUCAUGUACUCUGUGGUCAAGAGGCUUGGAGGAUACCAUAAGGUGACAAACGACCGCCUGUGGAAAGUGGUUUAUAACGAGCUGGGAGGAUGUCCGGGAAGCACCAGUGCUGCUACCUGCACCAGGAGACACUACGAGAGGUUGUUGCUGCCUUAUGAAGAGCACCUCAUAGCAGGAGGAGGAGGAGCAGAAUUCAAAAUCCCAGAAUGCCCCUUGCCUCCAAGACCUAAAGGUAUCAGAGGAAGGAAACCACUUCAAAGAGGCAGAAAACCUGGACCCAAAGCCAAGGAGAAGAAGAUCUCAGCUGCUCUUCCUCCUCAAACUAUCAUUACUCCAAAUGGCACUGUUGUGGUGAAGAGAGGUCGAGGACGGCCGCCAGGGACACGCAACAAGUCCACGUUGAUUGCCCAGGCCAAACUGCUGGCUCAGCAGCAGGCUAAUGCUAAAGCAGCAACAGAGUGUCCGCUGCAGAGUCCUCUGAUUCCUCCAGCCAGAGCUGCAGCAGCAGGAGGGGGAGGAGGCAGCACACACAGGCAAAUCCAGCCAGCUGUUCUCCUCACCAACAUGCCCCUCACCCCUGACCUCUCCCCCAUGACGACCCCCUUCCUCCCCUUCCAGCCCAAACUGAAGGAACUGAAACCAGGGGAGUCUGCAGCUCCAGCUCCGGGUGUGCUCCUCGCCACGCUGCCUCGACACUUCGUGGGGGGGUCUCUGGGUGGAUUCAGUCCUAUCAAAGGUGUGUGUCCCCUGGAUGUCUUCAGGAACCGCAUCAGCCUCCAGAGAGGCAUGGAGAGUCCCGCUCUGACCCCUCAGGAUCCGACCCAGCACCUUCCUACCAUCUACACCCUUCAGCCCAAAACUGGAAGUCCAGAUACCCCUCACCCAGCUGGAGACCAACUCCAGCCUCAGCCCAACCCACUACACCAGCCCCACAACCACUGCUCCAGCUGCACCGUGGAUGACGGAGCCCAGAGAGGGGGCAGCCUGGAGGCCAGGACUCGACCCCCUCUUCCCCCUCUCCGGGUCUUGCCUCUGAACCUGGACUGCAGCGUUCAGGUGUGCCAGCUGAUGAGGACUCGUCUGGGCUCGUCUCAGUUCCAGACCUUCACUCGCCGUCUCUCUGAGGCUCUGUCCCAGGACCUGACCACCAAACCCCCCUGCUCCCCCAUCACACCUCCCCCCGAGCAGGCGCUGCCCCUGAACCUUAGCAAACGCUUCCCCAUCAAGAGACCCAGCACAGAUGGACCAGAACCAAGCUCAGCAACCGUCAACGGUAACACAGACCAGCCCCCAUCCAAAAGACCCAGACCUGGCUGCUCGGAAGAGACUGAGGACUUUAGCCAGGGGGAUACAACCAGCUCUGGUGGAAGUUCUUCAGGAAGAGGAGAGGAGGACGCAGAGAUGAAAAACCAGGAGGAACCAGCAGACCUGAGCUCUCCCAGCAGGAUCAGGGCCUUCCUGCUCGGGCUGCCUCCUUUCCAAGUAAAAUUCGAAGACGAUCUGAACGGGACCAGGUUCGCGAAGUUUCAUCCUCCAGAAUCAAAAGCUGAACCCCAACGGACCGAGACUGAGAAUGGAGAGGGAGUAAAGAAAGAGGUGAAGGAGGAGGAGGAGGAGGAGGAGGAGGAGGAGGAGAUGGUUGAAAUGGAGCGAUGUCAAACUGCAAAGACCAAGACGGAGGAGUCGAAUCCCACCUCCUGCUCUGGUCCUGGUCCAGCAGAGGUGAGGAGAGCCGGGCCCUCCAACACACACACACACUGUUUUUAGCGUUAUUCCCUCUCUUUAGUAGCUUUUUUGAUCAUGGACUCUCCGAUGAGUUGAAAAUUUGUCGGUUUGGAGUCUGGAGAGUUGUAUCUGAUACAGGCUUGUUUUUGCUUGUGGACGCCGGAUACUUCAGCGGUUGAUCCGGAUCAGAUUUGAGCCUGAACGCGAAGGAGCAGGGAUGUUUCUGUCUCCAUCUUUGAGAAUAUUUGACUUUCUCCUGGUUUCAGAAGUUUGUCUCUUUCUUCUUUUGGAUCACAUUGUUGAUUGAAGGUCAACAGAGACUCAUGACAAUCACGGAUUACUUUCUCUUCCUUUCUCUCUUCAUUUAAACGUUUAAAAAAAGAAACAGACUUAAACAAACACUGCCAUAACUCUCCAUAACACUAUUAACUCCACUAUUCAAUGUUACGCUGAAAUGUUGAAUAAGAUCCACAUUACUGAAAUGAAAAUAGAAAUCGAGAUGACAUAUAUGGGUGAUGCUAUGCAUCAAACUUCAUAAAUCAGCAUCCUAAAGUGUACUGUAGUUUGGUAGUUUGAUUUUUAAAUUGUACUCUACUUCUGUAGAGAAAUAGUUAUUUUCUGAUAAAGUGUCUGGAUGUUAUCUGGAGCUCCUCGGUCUUCACGCUAUAGCUCGUUCAGUGAAGCCUUUCUAUAGUCUUGCUUGUUAGCUGAAAUAUAUAAACUUCUUACACAUAUGUGCCUUAAACAGCCUGCGAUCUGAGUCAUUGCUGGCUUCAAAUCCAUUCAGCUGAAGAGAUACCUUGAUGUUGCACCUCUGUAGUUUUACUGUACUCCAUAGUGGGGCCGGGAUCUGUUAGUAAUAUGAAAAUGUAUGUUUCCUGCAAACGGUUGGACAAAAAAAUCCCAAAGUUCUAGAGUUUUGAAUGUAUGAUGGCUCCAACAAAAAGACAAACACUGGUAGCACCCAGGUUUGAAUCAGCAGAAGUGUAGACUGUAAAGAGAAGUGGGUACGGCCCUCGUGAUGAGAAAUUACGGUUUGUGAACGACGGGUUUGAAGCUUCAGAUCUGUUUUUUUUUUGUUUCCAUCUUGUUUUCUCAGAUUCAGGUGGGACCAUAUUUGGAGAAAAGGAUAGAGCUGGAGUGCGCGCCAAGUACCUAAUUGCUGCCAGUUAUUUUGAAUGAUGAUUCUGGCUCGCUGAAAAAGGCUUUACACAAAAUGUUCCGACUAGAAAGAUGAACAGAGUGAGCUCCAGAGGGUCUUCAGGGAGGGGGGAAGAGGUAGAGGGUGAGGGUGAUGGUUUGUACAACCAGGCAGUUUUUUAUUUGAUUUGAUUCCAAGUGGGACCAUGAUUACAAAAGUAAACAUCAAGCUGUUUGAAGAAGACCUGAAACUAGAGACAGAGAAGCAGGUUAAUAGCCCCUGUAGAUCACCUACAACUGGACUUCCUUUCACAACCAGUGGAGCUGCCCUCUGCUGGCCACUGAGAAGAUUACAACCAAGAGCUUACAUCCACUUUUUAUCAACAGCCUGUGAUGUAAUCCAGCCCUGCUGUGGGCAUCACACAUACCACUGUGCACCACCAUGCAUUGUCACGUUUCAUCAGCACCUGAGGAAGUGUGUAGAGAUCAAACUUGAAUAUGUAGCUGGAACAUUCACCUCUACCUCGGGUUACUUUUAUUCAUCCGUCUUGUUUCCAUGAUGCAUUUAGACGUCUGUAAACACAGUCUGACUUCAGUUUCUCUGUGUGGCUCAGUGAAGCUCAUUCAUGCUGGAUUCCACCUUUUCAUGCUGAUCACAUGACUUUCCUUUACACAUUUUUGUACUUGGCACAUCUUUGGUAUUUCUAAGCGCCCUCCUCAUCGUAUCCGGACCUCAAAUAGGGUUCAGAGCAGGUUGUCAGUUGGUUUGAUUAUUCUUUGGUUAGUAAACAUGAAGCUACAACUGCAGCUAGUUAGCUUAGCACAAGGACAAGGCCAUGUUUUGAAUAGGCCUCCAUUUCUGAAGAUAAAAAAAACCAGGUCCGUACUUAACCUAACUUCUGACCAACCAGAACACAGACAAAGAGGUGCAGCUGUCGUCUCAGCCCCUUAUUAUACAAAUGUAUGCAUACUUGUUCCAAAAAAAUCAGACCCAGUUCAGUGUGUGUAAAUAUAAAAACCUUGCUUUGAACUUGACUGUAAGCACGUUUACUUCUGCUGUAAAAUUGAUAUUUGAAGCUGGAACCUAAAUAUGUUUCCUCUAGCCUCUAGUGGAUAUUUGAGGAACUGCAGUUUUCGCACUUCUGCAUUGGUUUCAUUUUAUUUUUAAAACCAGAGGUGGCUGCUUGGUCCCAAAAGUCUUUUGGUUUGUAACUAGUUUAUCAAAUUGAGAGUGGUAUUGAUCCUCCCUGUGUAUUCUUAAUAAGAAAGAUAAAAAGGGUGAAAUCUUCCUAUCGGAUUGAUCAGGGAUCUCCAUCUCGUUGUGAUCCUCCUGAUUUAGAUGUAGAGCUUCAGAUUGUUUUUUUAAUGCCCGGUUAAAAUGCAAAAUCAAGCCGACAGCAUUCACGCUGCUUCACCAAAGAACUUGUUCUCUUUUUGUAAAUCUCUGCUCCUCCUCCUUCUUCGUCUCCUUCUUGUGUAAAGUGCCAACACGAAACAGACUCCAUAUUGUGAGGAAACCUUCUAAGUGUACAAAUGUAAACAUCAAGGUAUCUCUUUGACGCAGCCUUUUCCUUAGACUUGUUCAAUUGUCUGCCGCAGACGGAUGUUGGUUCAGAUUUGCACACCUACUGUACAAACUUGCUUCUUUUAUUUUUCCAUAUUUAUAUUUGCCAACUUUUUGUUAUUUUACCAGAGUAGUGAUUUCAACUACGACACCGGAAUUAAUGGUGCUGUUUAUUCUUAGUUAUGUAGCUAAUGCCAUAUUGGUUUUGUUUUUGUGUACAAAUCUGCAAAUUCUUUCAUCUCAGCAAGUCUUAGAUAUUGACCUCAGUCUGGAAACAGCUUUUUUGAAUAUUUGAAAGAACUGAAUUAAAUGGAAACGUGACUUGUUCUGAAAAUAUUUGCAGUUUUUACAGAUGUAUUUGACUGUUGGCCUCAUGUGAGACAGAUAUGAAUUGUUUGUGAAUGAAUGCAUGAGUAGAGAAAUAUAUACUCAGUAGAUCAUAGCUGGGCAGAAGCACCAAAGCACAUGUUUCCCAACAGUUCUCAGCAGAAUCAAACUGUUCUAACAUUUACCGUCAUGUUGAAACCAGUCAUCAUCUUCAGUCUGCUUUAAGGAGGGUCUCUUUUCACAGUAUGAGAGAAGAAAUGAUCCAUAACGAGCAGGAGAUGGUGACAUGCAAAGUCAUAUUUUCAUCCAUGCAGUAAGAGUUAAUAUAUCUCACAGUAAGUCUGAUCAUGUAACAACAGAUUGAUGUAUAUUUUGUGUCUCAUUUUGCUUCAUCCUGUUCAUAAACCUGUAUUUAAGAAGGUGAGGUUGAGUGUUGGAGCGUGCUCAGUGUGCAGCAAUCAAAGCCUUUGUGUGCGACAGAGGAAAAAAGUUUGUAUGACCACAGAUGAGUCCUGUACAGCUUUGAGCCUCGACGCUGCUUGAACUUGAACUCUCUUUAUUUGCGUCUGUCUCACACACAAUCUUGAAAAUGUCCGCUCUGUUCUCUGCUUCAUGUAAACUGAUGUUUAGAUGCCUUCUCCUUUGCCUUCGGUGUUUUUAUACACCACAUGUGUUGCUAAUCUGAGUUAGCAAUAGCCGUAUCAUAUUAACAUCAUCACUCGUCCCCUCGGCUCAUCCCCACCUCGUGCAGAAAUUUAACGAGGAGACCGACUGGAAAGUUCUGGGUAAAGUCAGGAUGAAAAUCUUGUCUGUUAGCGUUCACACUGCGGCUCAACCCAAGUAGUUUUAAGGAGUUUUUUUGCCGGUGUGAAUACAGACAUUUAAAAUUCAAGCUCUGUUCUUUACAACACCAUAAACCUGAUCCAUCAAACAACAUCAGGACUGGUUUAAACAAUCGGUUUCAAGCGUGAGCUUUCAGAAAUUUGUCUGCUUUACCAGCGCCUUUCUUAUGUCCUCAGUCAAACAUUAGCCUUUAAGCUGCACAUUUUCAUUCUACAAUAAUUGCGUUUACAUCCAAGUAUUUUUAUGUAAAACACAGGAAGUAACAGAAAAACAAAACACAAACAUGUCACAGAAGUUUCUCUUCAUGAAUCCUCUCACUCUGCAAUGUUGGCACCAAAUGGGGAUCUAGCUCCACCUGAUUCUGCCUCAGAGCUCUAUCCCUGAAAUGUUUUUGCAAAACACUUAGUGUCUGUAUAAAAAUGUCCCCCUCAUAGUUGGAAAAUCAGUCUCUUGAGUUCAGCCAAUCAGAGCAGAAUUAGCUUGUCAAUGUAAACAGAGAGGGAGUGUUUUACAUGUGGUGCGAUUGACUGCACAUGCUCAGUAGUGUUCCUGACUCUUAUUCCGCCUGAUGACAUUUCUUAUAUGUAAGAAAAUUUUUUUGCAGCUGGUGUGACCCAAGGACAGUUUUACAAAGAUAUUUAGACUUUAUGGGAUUUUUUGUUGCAGUACUUUGAGUGGCCACUGGGGCAUGUUUGAGAACAGUCAAGCUCUCCUUAUAUGGUUAGGACUUCCUCUCAAAUCUGAGGUGAAAGUAGGCGUAUUGGAAGAUCAUAUUUCAAGUUCUACAUGUGAACAACCAAACUGCAACCAUAAAUAUCUGAUCUCGUCUACACACACGACCCCCCCUCUGAGUGAAACUGGCGGUCUUUGCCCUUCAGACGAAAACCAUACAAACUUUUUCCUCCAGCAUACCCAGGCUUUAUGACUCACACUGGGAGCCUCCCAGUCAAACCACAGCUCCACUGGACCAGUUUUAUCUCAGUGUCUCAGUCUGACUCUCCUGAACAUUUUGCCUUAGUUAGUAUUAUUUUAUUGUUUUAAUUUUGUGCAUGUUAAUGUUUAUGUUGUGACAACAUGCCACUGAGGGCUGCCCGCCUGCUGUGUCAUGUAAAGGGGGUGGGAGGUCUUCAAGUCUAGCUGUAUGUUAAACCAGUAUGAGAGAUGAUAGUUUGUUCUCCUUCUUUGGUUCUUUAAGCUUUAGUUUGUUAAGGUUUCUUUAGGUUUCUUUGAUUUCUUUGAUAAAGUUAAGAUUCAAAUGUUUACAUUUUGUUAUGCAUGCUCUAACAGAUCUGUUAUAUCCACUGUUUUGCACACUACAGCAGCAUCAGUCUUUAGCGGCACUGCGCAUUUCUGUAAAACCAAGUGCCUGAUACUCACAAAUGAAAAUUGGAGUUGAUAUUUGAAAGCAAAUGAAAGUUAAAUUUGCUCAUUAGCCUUCAUGCUGUUUGCUUAAACAACAGCUCAAGUUGUCGUGUCAUGUUUUAUCAAUUCUGUGUUUAAAGUUUGAUUACACCAGGAGAGAAGAACCUGUGAAUGAAGCGAGCGUGGGGUGCUCCCACAGCGUGCAAACUGGACCUACAGGACUCCUGGUGGCCAUCUGAGCGCUUAGUGAUGCGACUCCUCUUAUGAUGACAUUCAUGGAUAGAAAUGAUCGAAUCAAAGGGUGCUACAUGUGACAUAUUAACAUGCUCAUUAACAUGCUACAGAGAUUGUCCUGCACAGUCUUUGCGUAGGGGAAUGGAUCACUUGCACAAAAACAGAUAUAUGGGGCUGAUCCACUACGGCACAUUAACGCAGUGUGGAACGUUUUUAAAACUUUACUAUAAAACAUGUGAGGCUGGGGUCAGGGGAUCUGAAGAUUACUUUCGAGACAAUCAAAUAUGGAAGUCUGGCUUAGAGGAUUAAAAACAAUGUGUUUAUGAGUCCUUUGCAGAGUUUAGUUUAGCCUGAACUUCAACAAUUAAUUACCAUUAAUUGCAAAAACUUCAAAGCAGUUCUUAACCGUGUCUCUAUUCUGGAAUCAAAUAAAUGCAGGUAGUCUUCCUCAGUGUUGACUCACCUGGUUGUAAGUUGCCACCCAUUGAGCCAGCACUGCUAUCAUCUGCAGUCUAGUUCUAGCCUUGAAUAUCUGCACUUGAAAGAUUGUUUAACAUAGCUGAAUAACUUGAGAAGCCGUAAUGUUGGAAUCAAAUAAUUAGCAGUGUUACAGCACAAAAUUCAGGCCAAUUAAUGUAUUUAAUAUCUUGACGAAACUGUGACGAAUGUAAGGAAUAUUUAACUCUGACAUUUCUGAAGUUGAACCUUGUCCUAGUUUAACAUCUACACUUUCAGAUUCAUGACUUUGCGUUGACGGUUGCUGGAAACCAAACAGAAAGAAUCUCUAACAUCUUCAUGUUUGAUGGAAGUGUAGUUUGAUUUAUGAGGAUGUUAACAUGUUGCAUGUGGCACUUUUUGACAAACAGUUGGAUGUUAAGAAGCAAUGAAUGUCUCACCUCAUGGAAUCUUUUUUUUUUCACCCGGCAGCAUUUUGCUCAUGUUUUGAUAUUCUUCUUGUCCCUGAAGCAGAAAACCCAGAUCAACUUAAAAACACAAGUGUUCUUUUCUUUAUAAACUGUGCUGAACUUUUGCUUAUUUUGUCUGAAAAGAACACACGCUUCCCGACGUUACCACCCGCCUGUGUUCAUAUGGCCUCUGAGGUGUUUGACUUCAGUGGGAGUGUUUUGUUUGUUUUUGUAUUUCCCUGUUGAGUGUGUAUGAUUUGAUGAUUGAAGAGAUGCAACACAAACUCAAGUUCCAUUUUAUUUUUCUUUGACAGAAAACAGCUGGCAGUGUCAGGUACCAUUCCAUUUUAACACUGUAUAUUUAUAAUAAAAGUAAUCUGUUCAUAAAAAUCA